AUGACUUUCCAUCCUGACACUCUCCCCGAUCUCAAGGGCAAAAUAUUCAUUGUCACAGGUGGAAAUUCUGGAAUAGGCUACUACACCGUAGCCCACCUAGCAGAACACGGCGCGCACGUUUACAUGUGUGCACGAUCCACAGAGAAAGGCACAGCAACCAUCGCCAGCAUCAAUAAAACGCACCCGUCAGCCAACAUCGACCUCCUGCACAUGGACCUCAUGGACCUCACCAGCGUCGUUGCGGCCGCCAAGCACUUCCUCGCCCUCGAAACAGCCCUGCACGGCCUGGUCAACAACGCAGGCAUCAUGGCGACACCCUUCGAGAUGACCAAAGAUGGCCACGAGGCUCAGUGGCAGACCAACUACCUCGCGCACUGGGUUUUGACCGAGCACCUGCUUCCUCUGAUGCUGCGGACGGCCAAAACCCUUUCCCCCGGCAGCGUGCGCAUCGUCAACCUCGCUUCAUCAGGCCACUUGGGCGCACCCAAAAGCGGCAUCAAUUUCAAGGACCUAUCACUCAAGGAUAGCGGCCCGUGGACGCGGUACGGACAGAGCAAGCUCGCCAACAUACUGCACACCAAGACACUGCACAAGACGUACGGCCCCGGCUCUGCCAAUGCGCGGCACGGGAAAGGUGAGAUCUGGGUUUCGUCCGUGCAUCCAGGUCUGGUUGAGACGAACCUCGCCACGUCAGUGCGGGAGUCGGGGUCUAGCAUCAUGAGCGUUUUCUCGGUCUUACGCAUCUUUGGAUUGAUGAUGCCUGCCGAUAAGGGGUCGUGGACCAGUUUGUUCUGUGCCGCAAGUCCGGAUAUGAAGGCGGAGCAGAGCGGUACGUAUCUCGAAAUCCACGGACGCUUUGGGGAGCCACGAUGGCAGAGCGGUCCGGCGAGGGAUGGGAAGCUUGCAGAGAGGCUGGAGGAGUGGACUCGGCAGUCGAUGAGGAAGGAAGGGUGGGUUCGGUAA